CUCUUAACUCUUCUUCCCAUUUCCAUUGGUGCAUUAUGAAACUAAGUGCUUGUGAUUGCCUCUCUAUUCAAAGGAAAUCUUGAGUUCCAAUUCUAACAAGUUCUGGCUUCUUGUAAACAAACCAAUGAAAGAGACUAAUGUUCAAGGAGAAGUCUUCAAGAGUAAUGGAAACACAAUUUCUGUGAAAAAGUAUGCACUUUCGCCUGAAGAACAUAACAAGCUUAUUUAUGUGAUACAUAAAACUCUAAAUGAUCACAACCAUGUUAUUGAGGAUGACAAGCUACAGUUAGUUAUAAACACAAUCAUGAAACAUUAUGUAGAUGUCUUCACUGUUGGUUCUACCAUAACAUGUGAAAGCAAUCAAUGGUGGAUUGGAGGCUUUCGUCCUUCUCAAAUUCUUCAGGUUAUUCUACCUCAACUUCAACAUAUGUACACCCAGCAACAACUUAGUGAUAUUUAUAAUCUUGGACAAUCAUGUCAACAAGCAGAAUAUGCUCUUGCACAAGGCAUGGUAAAACUAAAGCAAAAUCUUGAUAUAUCAGCAACAGCAGAUGGCAAAGGGUUUCAGUUGUCGUAUGUACCUCAACAACUAAGCUUCUUUAAAGAGGCUGAUAAUCUUCGCCAAGAAUUCUUACUUCAGUUUUGUCGUCUCCUUACGAUUUCUCAGCAAGCUGAAUUUGUAGUUGCUCUCGAGGAACAUCUGCAUAAUCCGCAGCCUCGGAGCUCACUGUGAGGAUUCUCAAGAGUCGAGACAAGUGAAACGAAACUAUAUAAAUUAAAUAAACUUAGUUUGCAGCCAAUUAAUUUGGUAUCAAUGUGUUGCAUCUAAUGAAUUUGGUAUCCAUAAAACAAAUUGUAUUAUGAAAAAUACUCUGGAGAGUGUCUUACUUGCUUACUCCUGUUUGUAAUCAAUGCCCAUAUUGAGGUUUAGUGUAUAUUUGUUUUUAUGGUGAAA